CUGGCCUGCAGUGGCCAGGACUGGCUGGGGUAGGCAGGGCUCCACUCAGGGACCUGUGGAAGCUGUAGCUCCUGUCUGCCGGCACACACAGUCAUCGCAAGCAUCCCUGGGUCAGAGCCUUUGCUGCCUGCCCACUGGACUUGUCUGCUUCCCCACCAUGAAGCUGUGGGUAUUCUGGACUGGGUUGGAAUAUACCUGCCGGAUCCUGGGCAUCGCCACUGCAGCAGUGUUGAUCAGCGUGGGCACUGAGACCCUCCUUCGGGGACAGUUCAAAAGCCUGGCCUUCUAUCUGCUGUUCACAGGCACUGCUGUCGCUGUGUUUGAAGGGGCCUACUUCGUGGCACAGCUGCUGGCCAUCUGCUUUAAGUGCCAGCCAGGGUCACUGGCCCAUGCAGCGAGGGAGAAGGCCCACUGGCUGGGCUGUUUCCAGAAGUUCGUAGCCUAUGUGCUGCUGUCGGUGGCCUGCUUCCUCCACCCAGUGCUGGUGUGGCAUGUGACCAUUCCAGGCUCAAUGCUCAUUGUCACGGGUCUCGCCUACUUCCUGCUAAGCAAGCGCAAGAAGGCCAAGACUGGAGCUGCAGGGCUGGGCACCCCUGAGCAGUACAAAGACCCCUCAGGCAGCACUGUGAGCACCAUGGACUCUGGGGACACAGAGCAGACCUACACCUUCCAAGGGGCCCUCACAGGGACGUCCAGCUCCCUAUUCAUCCGCAUGAAGAGCUUCCUAUGGGGAACGAGGGGAAUGGGCAGUGUGCCCCACCCCAAUACCAUGACUGAGCUCCCACUACAGCCUGAAGAAGGCGUGGCCAAGAAAAAGCAGGUGCACUUCCAGGACAGCGUGGUCAGGAUCAUCCCAUCCCUCGCUGAGACACCAGAUGAUGGGGACAGCGAGCCAGAGGAGACCACCUCCGACACAGCACCCAUCAUCCCAGCUUCCCAGGCCCCACGACUGCUGUCUUCGCUCGAGGUUCUGAAUCUGUACUGAGUGGCUUGGUAAGGGAAAUGCAGCCCAUGGCCAAUGCUGCCUGCCAUGCAGGGAAGCAUGGGGCCCUCACGGUCAGGUUCUCCUGAGUGACCAGGCUCCUCAAAGUGGCCAGUCCUCUGGGCCAUCAGGGUUAUGUGGAGUGAUAACCUGGAAGGCACCAGAGAACCCAGAGUCCUCCCUCCUGACCACGGAUGGGAAAACUCUUGCUGUUCUGAGAUGGUGGCUCCCAGUCCACACUGGAUGCAAGGUUACUGACUCUGCCUCCUGUAGACAAAGGACAUUGACCUGGCAAAGGCCACUAGGCUGCCUGGCUCCUGGUCCAAAGCUUCUCAACUCUGAGAGCCUAGGGACAGUGGCGGCCAGAGCCGGCACAGGGUCAAAGGUAGAUGUAGAAAGUGGCCAUGGGUCCCAACCAAGAUUGCUGCAGUGGAAACCAAGGCUACAGACUUCAACACUAGAGCAGCUGCUAAAAGCUGAAUUCUGGAUCACAGAGCCACCAGGGAAAAACACAGCUCUGUGUCCACUGCCAGGAGAGCUCAUUCCUGAAGCACUGCUGAAGGCUUCCUAGCCCUAGGUCCCCCCAAAGUCCACACAGAUAGGAGCCCAGGUACAGCCUGUGGGGCUAGCUGUGUCCCUACAGGACCACCAGCUGAGGCAGUCACAGCAUGAGAAGUGACCUUGUCACAUUAGCGCCUAUCUGGGGACAGGUGGUGAACACAGGGCUGCUCACAGUCAGGGGAAAGAAGGCAGAGAGGGAGGAGGAGGGUCGGAGGUGGUGGGCAGGCUGGGUCUGCACUGUAGGCUGCAGAAGGGAAGUGAGCCAGCAGGAAGAAAGGAGUCAGAAGCAGACAUUUCUUGGUAAAGGACUUGCAGUGUG